GGCGCCGUCCGGUCCCCGUCGUCAUCCGAAGCCGCGCCGCGACGAGCGAAGAAGGAACAAUCCGGAGGCGCACCACCUGCCUCACCUUCUUCCUCCCAUGGCGCAGCCCCUCGCCGCCGCCGCCGCUGUAUCCUCCUCAUCGCCCCUCUUCUCCCUCUCCUCAUCCCGCCCCCUCGUCCGCCGCCACGCGCCUCCGAGCUAUGUCUCGAUGCGGACGCGUCGCUGUUCGCAGCUCGCCGCGGCGUCGGCGGCGGCCGAGACAUCCGGCAGCCCGCUUCUCGAGGUGCGGGGGCUCACCGCAUCCGUGAAGGAGACCGGACAGCAGAUCCUAGCCGGCGUCGACCUCACCAUCCGCGAGGGCGAGAUUCAUGCGAUCAUGGGGAAGAACGGCUCCGGCAAGAGCACCCUCACAAAGGUUCUUGUUGGCCAUCCGCAUUAUGAGGUAACUGGCGGUACUAUCCUCUUCAAGGGUGAGGACUUGGUUGACAUGGAGCCAGAGGAUAGAUCUCUUGCAGGCCUUUUUAUGAGCUUCCAAGCACCUAUUGAGAUUCCUGGAGUGAGCAAUUUUGAUUUUCUGCUCAUGGCAGUCAAUGCUCGCAGAGAAAAGAGUGGUCUACCAGCACUAGGACCCCUUGAGUUUUAUUCGGUUGUAUCGCCCAAAAUUGAUGCCUUGAAUAUGGACCCUAAGUUUCUUGAUCGAAAUGUGAAUGAAGGUUUUAGUGGUGGUGAAAGGAAGCGCAAUGAGAUAUUGCAACUUUCAGUCAUCGGAGCAGAUUUAGCUCUUCUUGAUGAGAUAGAUUCCGGAUUAGAUGUUGAUGCACUUGAAGAUGUAGCUAAUGCAGUGAAUGGGCUCUUGACACCCCAAAACUCUGUUCUGAUGAUUACACAUUACCAACGCCUUUUGGAUCUCAUUAAGCCCAGCUAUGUUCACAUCAUGGAAAAUGGCAAGAUAAUCAAGACUGGUGACAGUUCUAUUGCCACACAAAUUAAUGAAGGUGGCUUCAAGUCGAUCGCCCUUGUAUAGCUUGAAAGUCAAAUACUUGAAAUGGCUUGUUGGGAGCCUACUUGUAAGAAUAGAGUGGCAGAGUGGCUGCUGUGUGCUGACUGCUGCCUGGGGUUCGCCAUUUUGCAUUACUAGACCAACUAUGCAUGCUGGUGCAGCAUGUACUGACUUCAAUAAAACUUUUGAGUAGAACCCCAUUCAACCAGGCAUGUUAUCUUUUAAAAGGUGAAGGGAUAUGUCACCUUUUCUCUGUAAGAAUUUUAGUCAUACCCAGGGAAAGUAUCUUAGUACAAGAUCCACGAUUUUUGUAUAUUUGAGUGUAACUUGCUGCCUCAGGCAUCUGGUCAUCAAGAUUGGUUUUGCAUGCAUCUUUUGUAUACAAUUUUGAGACUUGUAACUAAUAUGCAUACCUACAAGGUUACUUGGUUGUCUCCACACGAGAGAAUUUGGUCCUAUCAUCAAUGUACAUGUGUGCAGCCUCUCUA